GAAGGGCAGCGGCGAGCUUUGCCGUCUCCAGAUUUGUUUCUUUAUUUGGAAAUCGCGAAUAUACAAAAUACGUAUACAUGGCAGUAAAAAAAAUCAAAGUUGGCAUGUUUCUUUAUCGUGUCCGAAUCGGUUUCCUCCUGCAAGAUUUUUUUUUGAAACAUUAUUUCCGCAAGAUUUUUGGAAACAAUUUAACGAGUAUUUAACAAUCCUAUCCUCCUCAACCUGCAGAUUGCAUUGAUCGAGUCGAGCCUUCGAGGGCAGAGCACGCAGAGAAGGAAGAAGCCGCACCGCCGACGCCGCCGCCGUCUCCUCCGCCGCUGCCUCUGCCUCCUCCGCCGUCGACGCAAGAGCCAGCCAUGGGUCGGCCGCGAGGGGGGACUAGCAAGGGGAAGCAGAAGAUCGAGAUGUGCUGCAUCGACGGCAAGGAGAAACGGCAGGUCACCUUCUCCAAGCGCCGCCGGGGCCUCUUCAAGAAGGCGUCCGAGAUAUCCACGCUCUCCGGCGCGUCCAUCGCCAUCGUCUCCUUCUCCAAGGCCGGCAACGUCUUCGCCUUCGGCUCGCCGAGCGUCGACGCCGUCCUCCGCCGCCACGUCGUGGCCGGGCCUUCCACCUCCACCUCCCACGCCCACGCCGGCGGCGACGUCUUCGCGGACGACGGCGGCGACAACCCCGAGGUGCUGAACGCGCUGAAGCGGGCGACGGACGAGGCCGCGGCGGAGGUGGCGGCGGAGGACGCGCGGCAGAGCGGCGUCGAGGGAAAGAUCACGGAGGCCAUGGCGGCGGGGAGGCGGCGGUUCUGGUGGGACGCCGCCAACGUCGAGGCGCUCGGGGAGGCGGAGCUGCCGGUGUUCGAAAGGGCGCUCCAUAAGCUCAGGGGCGCCGUCGUGCGCCGCCGCCGCCGCCUCGCCGCAGCAAGAAGAAGCUCCUGAAUUAGACAUUACACCGUGAAUGCUUGUUAAUUAGGUGCCACUGAUUAAUCAAUUGCAAACGGGUUUAGGGCUGCCAUUUAAUUUGCUCCGUUUUUGUUUAGAGAUCGAGCAGCUGCAAUAAUGUUAAACUUAAGCAUGAUGGUAUGUUAAGAGCUUUUAAUUAUGCGA